AUGGUGAAUAUCCGGCGAUUCUGGCUGUCUUCCAGCUUGGUCCUGUCCCUUCUCGCUCAGCAAGGCUGGUCUAUGGUUUUUGAAGAUACAGACGCCCCUGAUGCCGUCAAGUCCCUUUUCGAAAGAGAAGACCAAUCGAACGAAGAUGCUGCCUUUUCGGUUUUUGAUCGACUGAGCAAAGACUCUUACUAUUGGAGCGGUUCCCAGAAUGGUCAUAAGACGCUGGCGAACCUCACAGUCGACGUCGGCGACGACGAAGCAAACAUCGUCUCCAUGGAGAAGUUUCGACACCUGCUGAAAUCCGUUAACUGUACCGACAAUGGCAUGGUCGUGGAGUUUGAUGACACUCGUGCGUUCGGUUACACCCAGCGCGGAUGGCAGUGGGUCAAUGAUGACGAUGAUCGUAAAUUGAUCCUUGUGACCGGUAAAAAGCACUGUGGCUGGAACACUCACAGGUUGCCGUUUGUCGUCUCAUCAAUUGUGUUCGACAAGCCAUCACUGAAGGCGAAGCUGAGUGGCGUGGCAUCGGAAUGGAAACAACUUUUCCGUAACUACGAGGUCACGGUGGGCAAUGUUCCGGAAUCAUCCACAAGCAGGCGAGACUGGGAUUCGGAUGCUUCCCUAAGCUUCAACCAUAAAAUACCCCUCAGCAAGUCGAUACCUAUUCCCGGCAAGGGUAUCUCCGUGGACAUUUCAUGUGAGGGGUGUGAAACAAAAGGAUCGUUCGAUUUUGGUGUCCACAUCAAGACAAGCUAUGGCGUACCCGAGUCCGCCUCUUUAACACUCUCGCCCAAUGGCGUCUCUGCAAGCUUCACGCCACGCCUAGGACUGAGUGGGAACAUGACCGAUGAGAUCUCCGACGAGUACGAGCUCAUAAAGAUCCCUAUCGACGGUAUCUCAAUUCCAGGAGGUGUUCUUGACCUUGGCCCUGAAAUUGUCUUCAGUUUUGGAUAUCAAAUUGGUCCUGUCCAAGGUUCCGCAGGCAUUUCAUCCGGAGUGACUCUCAGUCUAGAGGACUCUGCAGAACUCGAAAUUGAUUUUUUGUCUCCGGACGUGUCCGCUGGCGGGUGGACUCCGCAAGUUGAGACUCAGCCGAUGAAGAUCGAUGCUAAGAUCGAGGCUGGGGCUGAGAUUUACACCAAAGCUGAGGUUCAAUUUUCUGCGUCAGUUCUUGACCAGGGCUAUGAAGCCGGUGUCAAUCUGAGACCCUAUCUUGGAGCCAAUAUAGAAGUCUCUACCGACAAGGGCUUGGGAGUCGAUGUCAAUCUGGGAGCCGAUCUCGGUGCUCAUAUCGCGGCUGGCGGCUCUAAGGCUUGCCUCACCCCGAAGGCUGGAGUCAGCCUUAACGUGGAUAUUGCGCAGGCUGAUACACCUGAAGACCCCAUGGUGGAGAAGACAGUUGCGGAGGUCACAGCGCCAAUGUCACCGUCUUGUUUCAAUUUCGGUCCGACCGGUUCCAUACGGUUAGGUGCCGGCAAAAAUAAGCCAACUUCAACCAGCAAGGCUUCUAUUUCCUCGAUCAAAUAUACACCCACUCCUUCAACUACAAGAGUCACCUUGUCAGACCCCACCACCACCUCAUCUUGGACAUCGCAACCGUCGUCUGCUACCCCGACCCCGUCUCACCGCAGACACAGCCGCCGACAGCAUCAUGGCAUGCGAGGACACUGA